AUGGCUUUGGCCGCGCUUCCAUACCACGAACCUGGGAUCGUGACGAUACUAAUCCAGGCAUCUUUUCUGCUUGUUCUCAAUGGCAUUAAUUGGGUUCUCGAUAAUGCCAUCUAUUGUGGUCUUGUGGGUCAGAUAUUGAUUGGAGUGGCAUGGGGUACGCCAGGUGCGAUUUGGCUAUCGGAAGAGGUGCAAGACACCGUGAUGCAGUUGGGUUAUCUUGGGUUGAUUCUCAUCGUCUACGAAGGCAAGUAG